CACCUCCCGAAUCUUUCAUCACCACCAUCAGAACCCAGCGUAGUCUUCAUAUGUACCACGGCAUGGCUGAGAAAGCCACCAGUCCAAGUGGUGUUCUCGACCAAGAAUACGAUGCUCCUCGCGAGCCUUCACUAUUCGAUCAGAAACGACGUGAUCGUCUAGAUCCGAAUCGCCCGGCAUGUUUCCCAAGUCGCUCAUCAGAGCUCGGGUUUGUCUUUGCCAUCGUGGGUUCGAUAAUGGUUAGCGAGUAUUUUGUUUCUGGGUUUCCCAUCGUUUUGUCUGCAUUGCCGGAUCCUUCGAAUGAGGCUAGGACGUGGCCUGCUGCUGUCGUCAAUCUUACUACCGCUGUUUUAAUCCUUCCUUUCGCCAGACUCUCCGAGAUCCAAGGCGGAAGGUUAAUCUUUCUAGGUGGUCAUGCUUGGUUGAUUGUCUGGUCCAUCAUUCCUUGUUUCAGUCAGAAUCCUACGAUGCUCAUCGCCUGUCGAGCAAUGCAGAGUUUAGGUCCUUCAGCUUUCUUGCCCUCUAGUGUCGUUAUCAUGUCACGCAUUUAUCGUCCUGGUCCUCGAAACACUCUUAUUUUCAGCAUUCUUGGCGCCUCUUCUUGCGUCGGUUUCUACUCUGGUAUUUUCUUUGGUGCGUUGUCUGCUCAGGUGCUUGGAUGGAAAUGGCAUUUCUUCAUCGGUGCAUUCUUCUGUGCCGGUCUCUUUAUCGCUGGCUUUUUGACUAUUCCAAAGAGCAAUGGGGAUCCACGGCCUGACCUUGAGAUGGAUUGGCUGGGUACGGCUACUGUUGCACCGGGUCCUGCGUUGGUGGUUUAUGCAUUGACUUGUGGAGGAAACGCGCCUCGGAGCUCUUUAGCCUUGAUCUUGGGUAGCAUCUUCCUUGCGCUGUUUGUUUACGUUGAGGUAUGGGGGUCCAGUCAACCUCUGGUGCCAUCAGAGGUUUUCGAGACAAAAUGCAUAAGUCGGUUGGUCGUUGCGCUCUUCGUAUCCUAUGGAUCGUUCAGCCUGGUUCUUUUCUACGCUAGCUUCUACAUCGAAUCAGUCCUGUAUAAUGGACCGUUAAUGACCACCACUUGGUUCGUUCCUCUCGCGGCUGGGGGUUUCAUGCUUGCUCUCGUCGGCGGCUUUGCUCUUCAUAUCCUCAACGGGCGACGACUCCUACUCAUUUUCUGCCUUGGUUUCCUGGGCUCAUUGAUCCUAUUUUCAGUCAUUCCCGACAGCAGAAUAUCAAACUCAUUCCUCUACUCGGCAUUCAUCUUCCCCGCCAUGGUUCUUGCAAUGGUUGGGGUAGACAUUACCUUUAACAUCCACAACUUCAUCAUCACAACAUCCCUACCUGAUCACCUUCAGGCAGUGGCAGGUGCCUUGAUCACCAGCCUCCUCUACCUAGGUAUGGCAUUUUGGCUGGGUGUUGUUGAGACGGCAACAUCGGCCCAAAAGGAGAAGCGUGCCGAAAGUCUUGAUGGAACAAGUCAAUGUCAGAUGGGGUUCUGGACCGGUACUGGACUGGCUUUGAUUUUCAUCACGGUGCAAAUACAGUCGGCUGAGGCUGAUUUGACGGCUGAUGAGAAGGCAUAGAGAGAAUGGGAGAAGGGUGUCAGGCAAAACAUGUAGUAAUGGGCCUGGGGUUUGGCUUCUAGAUAUUUAUGACUGAUUCUGGAGCGACAAACUUAUUUCAUAGAUGUUAAGCAAAUUAGAAUACACUAGAGUAAUGACUAUAGAGACUAUCGAUUUCUCAUCACUCCUCGGACGAGAUAACAGUC